UCCUUCUAAUGAGUUCAUUCGAAAAACAAACAAACGGACCCUAAAAUCCGAACCGCUUACUGCUUUUGCCAACCAUUCUCUGCUCUGCGCCCUAAUUUGUUCCUUCUCAUCUCCCUCCGGCGAACGUCUUCACGUUCUCGUCAUAAUCCGGCCGUAUCAAAUUUUAUUGAAGUUGUUAUUGGACAAGUAGCUGAGCGGAAUAGAAGACCAUGGAAGAAGAGUUAACUGAUAUGCUUUUGGAGGCUGCUGGUAGAACAAAUACGGGCGGAAGGAAUCGCCCUCCUCCAUCAUCUAGGAGGCAUCAGAAGAGUUCAUAUUCUGACGAUGGAAGUGAUUCCAGGGACGCUGACUCCGAUGAUGAUCGUGGUUAUUCAGGUAGAAAGCUUUCCGGUUCACAAGUUGCUCUCAAGAAGGGAUUGGACCCUCCGGAAAGAGACGACGAUCGUAGCAAUCGCAGAGAAGGUGUCGAUAAUGGAGAUGCUUAUGGUGAGAGGAGGGGAAAAAGUGAACGAGUAGAUGAGGAUGAAAGGGUUGUUAGGAGGGAGAGAAGAAGAAGAGAUGAACUUGAAGAUGACGCUGGAAGAGAUGAUAGGAGACAAAGGAAGUUGAAAGAUGAUGAUGAAAGGGAUGAUAAGAAGGAGAGCAGAAAAAGUGAAAGCCAAGUUGUUGAUGAUGAUGAUGAUGAAAGGGAUGAUAGGAGGAAGAGGAGGAGAAGACAUGAAGGUGAAGAUGGUGAUGUGAAGGAUGAUAGGAAGGAGAGUAGUCGAAGGAAUGUAGAUGAAAAGGAUGAUAGGAAGGAGAGGAGUCGAAGGAAUGUAGAUGAAAGGGAUGAUAGGAAGGAGAGGAGUCGAAGGAAUGUAGAUGAAAGGGAUGAUAGGAUGGAGAGGAGUCGAAGGAAUGUAGAUGAAAGGGAUGAUAGGAAGGAGAGGAGGAGACAGGAAGAUGAUGAUGAGAAGGUGCCUAAUAGAAGGGAGGAUGAGCACAGAUACAAGGGUAGGGUUGAUCGUUAUAAUGAUGGUAGAGAAGGGGAUAGGAAAGAGAGGAGGAGGGAUGUAGAAAGAGAAAAGAGGGUCGAUGAUAAGCAUGAAAAAGAUAAAAAUAGGAAAGCUAAUGCACAAGAGGAUGGGGCUUUGAAAGCCGGUGAGGAGGAUUCCAAGGUGCAAAAGCAAGAUGUUAAUUUGAAUAUGGACACAUCAAAGUUGGGCAGGAGCGGCGGUGUUUACAUUCCGCCAUUCAAAUUGGCUAGAAUGAUGAAGGAGGUUCAGGACAAGAGCAGUGUCGAGUACCAGAGGAUGACUUGGGAUGCUCUAAGGAAGAGCAUUAACGGGCUAGUGAAUAAAGUUAAUGCAGCAAACCUCAAAAACAUUAUCCCGGAGUUAUUUGCCGAAAACUUGAUUCGAGGGAGGGGUCUCUUUUGUAGAUCCUGUAUGAAGUCCCAAAUGGCUUCUCCAGGUUUUACUGAUGUCUUUGCGGCGUUGGUUGCCGUGGUUAACACCAAGUUCCCAGAAGUUGGUGAUCUUUUGUUAAGAAGGAUCAUACUGCAGCUGCAAAGGGCUUAUAAACGUAAUGAUAAGCCUCAGUUGUUAGCAGCUGUCAAAUUUAUUGCUCAUCUUGUAAACCAGCAAAUCGUUCAUGAGCUUAUUGCUCUCGAACUGCUUACAGUUUUAUUGGAGAAACCUACUGAUGACAGUGUUGAGGUUGCAGUUGGUUUUGUUACAGAAUGUGGUUCAAUGCUUCAGGACCUCUGUCCACGAGGAUUGCAUGGAAUCUUUGAGCGGUUCCGUGGUAUUCUUCAUGAAGGAGAAAUAGAUAAACGAGUUCAGUUCUUAAUUGAAAGCCUCUUUGCAUUGCGAAAAGCAAAGUUUCAGGGUUACCCAGCUGUGCGUCCAGAACUUGACCUUGUUGAGCAGGAAGAUCAAUUAACACAUGAAGUCUCUCUCUCAGAUACAAUAGAUCCAGAAAUUACUUUAGAUAUUUUCAAGCCGGAUCCUAAUUUCUUAGAAAACGAAAGGAAGUAUGAAGAAUUAAAGAAGGCAAUACUUGGUGAAGAAUCUGAGGAAGAAGGAGAGUCUGAUGCAGAAUCAGAGGAUGAAGAUGAAGAUGAUGAGUCUGACGAAGAGGAUGAGGAGCAAAUGAAAAUAAAGGACGAGACAGAGACAAACUUAAUCAACCUCCGGAGAACGAUCUAUCUGACGAUUAUGUCUAGUGUUGACUUCGAAGAAGCAGGGCAUAAGCUGUUGAAAAUCAAACUAGAGCCUGGUCAGGAGAUGGAGUUGUGCAUCAUGUUAUUGGAGUGCUGCAGUCAGGAGAGGACUUAUCUUCGUUACUAUGGACUACUGGGGCAGCGUUUUUGUAUGAUCAACAGAAUUCAUCAGGAAAACUUCGAAAAAUGUUUUGUGCAGCAAUACUCCAUGAUCCACCGGCUUGAAACUAAUAAACUGCGUAACGUGGCCAAGUUUUUUGCUCAUUUGCUUGGUACUGAUGCUCUGCCUUGGCAUGUUUUGGCUUACAUACGGCUGACAGAGGAGGACACAACAUCUUCGUCUCGUAUAUUUAUCAAGAUCCUAUUCCAGGAGUUGUCAGAGCACCUAGGCAUCCGCUUGUUGAAUGAGCGUCUUAAUGACCCCAACAUGCAAGACUCCUUCGACUCUAUUUUCCCGAAGGAUAAUCCCAAGAAUACAAGGUUUGCUAUCAACUUUUUCACUUCCAUUGGUCUGGGUGGAAUUACUGAAAAUCUUCGAGAGUAUCUCAAGAACAUGCCAAGGCUUAUCAUGCAACAACAGAAGCCUGUUUCUGAAUCGGAUGAGUCCGGGAGUUCAUCUGAUUCUGGAUCUUCGGGAUCCGAGUCAGAAUCAUCAUCAUCCAGUUCUGAGGAAAGUGAUAGUGAAAGUGAUGAUAAACGAAAGAAGAGGAGGAGGAGACGAUAGGUACCUUAAGACUGCUCAGCAAUCUGAAAACUUAUAUGUAUUACUAUUGAGAACUAGUUAUAGCAAGUGUUUCCCUCAAAAAACUAGAUUUUUGUUUGCUUUGUAUGUGUAAUUCACUACAAUUUGUGCAGUUUCAGUCUUGACUUCGUUCCAGUUUUGACUAGUUGAACCUUACAGAUUUUUUUCUUUUAUUCGUGUCGAUCUGCGAGCACCGGGAACUUGUUUGUUUAUCAAUGUAUUGGGAACCUUGAAAAGCUUUAACUGAUGAUGCUUGAUACUGU